AUGCCUUCCUCCAUUACCCUCACAGUCAGCCACCUCCCGACGUCGACUUCAUUCUUUCUCUCCGCCCUGCAACCGCUCAACUACGUCUUCCGUGGCCGACAAGAGCACACCAUCGGAUUUGGCCCCGCGUCUCCACCCAAUACCCCGGCCGACUUCUGGAUCACACAAGAAAUCCCCGGCGUGCCAGCGGGGGCGGCCCACGUGGCUUUCCCUGCGGCAUCCCGGGCGCAGGUGCAGGAUUUCUUCCUCGCUGCUCUCAAGGCCGGGGGGAAGAUCCACGGGGAACCAUGCCAGCGGGACGCCUCGGGAUAUUACUCGGCCGCGGUGAUCGACUUUGAUGGGAACUCCAUCGAGGCAGUCUACAGGCCGGCCUUUGGCGCCGACGCGGGAGACACGAGAAGUGUGGUGUCUCAUCGGAGUGCAAGACCCCCGUCUACGGUGGCCCCGCCGAAAACGGUCGUGUCUACCACAAAGAGCGUCCGAGCACCAACCGUGGUCCCGUCGUACGUCUCCAGCCCGCCAGAUGUCCCCCUUGAAAAUACCCAACCCAAGCCCAAGCCUUCCGGCGAUGUUCUUGGGUCGUUGAUCAAUGAAGCCCGCAACGCCGCGAACGUGGCCCGCGACCUUGUCAGCAGCAUGACACCGAAUCUCAUGUCUGCCGGCCCGCCAGCGUCGUCCACCGGCAACAACUCCACGGGCGGCGGUAGCGGAGCAGGUGAAGCUAUUGUUGGCACUCUCCUCGGCGUCGCUGCCGGCGCCGCGCUACACUACGCUUUCAGCAACCGAUCCAAGGAAGACACUCGGGACGACCGAGAAGAAGUCAAGUUUGUGCCACCCCCACCACGCCCUUCUGGCACCGGUCGCAGCGUCACCGAACCUGUCAACGUGAUGCGCGCAGAAUACUCGACUGUCCCCUCCGAGUACCAGGGAUUUGCCGAGGGAUAUGGCUACCGGGCCAUUGAACCGGCCCCUUCAGCAUACACGCAUGCUCCCCGGGAAUUCCAUGACCAAAAGCUCAUCGCCAUGUACGACCACGACCCUCCGGCGCCUACUGUUCACACGUUCCCCGAUCACACAUCCACCAUUCGCCCUGCCUCGGUGGCCAGGAGAGUGAGCAUGGAUUCUGGAGUUGGCCUCGGGGUGGUGCAACGCGAUGUUGAUGCGGCGUCACACGCUUCGUCGAAAGCGUCCCGGCAGUCGAAAAAGAGCACGAAUGCACCACCCCCGACCAGUUACCGUGCGCCGACCGCGCUGACGGUGAAAUCGAAAGUCUCGGCUGCGUCCGGUGGCGGUCGUUCGAAAUCGCGCUCCAGCAGUUUGAGUCGUCUGGGUCGGAGUCUCAGUGGUCGCUCGUCGGCGGACCAGCCGCGGUCGAGAUCGCAGUCCCGACACAGCAACAAGUCGAGAAGGAGUCGGCGUGAUGAGUUUGAGGAUGAUGCGGCGGCGGCGGACGAGGAGGAAGAAGCGAGGACGGUGUUGCACGUGAGCGAGACGGUUCACCGCUCGUCGAGCCGUGUGUCUUCGCACCACUCCCACACGCACGUUUCUGCACACCACUCCCACGCCGGAUCCAAGGCUCCCAGCCAUGUCUCGGUCCACCAGUCGCAGGCGGGGUCCAAGGCCCCGACUCAUGUCUCCAUGCACGAGUCCCAGGCAGGAUCGAAGGCGCCGAGCCACAUAUCCAAGCACGAAUCGGAAAGAGGCUCGAAAGCACCGAGCCAUGUCUCGGCCCACGAGUCCCGCGCCGGAUCCAAGGCGGGCAGCUACGUCUCGGGCCACGACUCGCAGGCGACGAUCAAGCCGGCCAGUCGAAUCAGCUCGCGGCACAGUCACCGAGACCCGGCCGAAUAUCCGCUCCCGCCAUCUCGUGCGGCGACCUGGGCUGGUUCCGACGUCGGCAAGGCCAGCUUCGUGUCGGCGAGGUCGAACUUUGGACCGACGGGGCCGCGGACGAUCAUCGGCAAGCUCCAGCCUGCGCGGGAUAGAGGAGAGAUGACGACGGACGAGGAGGACAAGAUCGAGACGGCGAGCGUGGUUUCUAAGCAGAAGGAAUUGGCCAAGCUGGACGUCACGGACCGGGAGGUGAGGCCGGAGGACAGCGUCAGCCAGAUCUCGGUGGAGAGCCGCAGGAGCCGGAGGAGCAAAGCGAGCAGUCGGAGAUGA